AUGGCAAAUGUGUAUGUCUCUGGCACUUGGCUGUAUUGUCUUUGUUGGUACCUUUUGACGUGCAGCACCGGGGCAGCAGCGGCGAGCAACUCAUUUCCCUCAACAGUGGAAUUUGACUUGAUCUUCCCGCGCAACAACACCAAGUACGCUCCGGGACCUCUUUUCCCCUUUGUCUUUGCUAUCCAGAACUCGCAACACGCUGCAGCCCUUCACCCGUACUUAUCCUACAGAGCCUGGAGGCAGGAUGACUACGAUGGAACCUUGGAUGAAGGCAAGCUGGAUCUAACAUGGGCCAAUUUCUCCGGGAGCGAUCCUUUCUUCUCGUACACUGGCAACCACUUUUCCAACGUUUCCAAAGUUGAGGGCACUUGGGUGCUUGCAUGGGAGACGAACGUGAUUAACUGCUCUCAUCGUUCUGAUGAGAUUGGGAAUGGGCCUAAGGAAAGGAGAAAGCCUACAUUGGUCAUAUUCACUCUUGAGCAAGGCGGCCAGCCCCCAGACCUCGUUGCUUCUACGCAGCAUGGUAUCUGUGACCAGGACCAGGAGAUUACUACCUAUACUUACAAUUUAACGGGAGAGAUCAGCGACAGGAUAUUUGGGGAUAACAUGGCUCACCGAAACUCGUGCGCGAUCCUUUCACCCACACUAUCUAGCUCGCACCCGCCUGCCAAUCCGUGUGCUGUCAAGAUAGACUCGGUUAUUGCAUCGAGCAUCUCCGCCGCGAUUACUGCUACCGAAUGCUCGGGCAGCUUGCAUCCAGUCGUUAGCUGCCCUGUUCAAAAAGCUGCGACGGGCCGAGCAGGCCACUUCGUGACGGAUGGGGCGAUAUGGUUUACGGUGAUUUUCAGUUGCCUCACAUUUAUACUAGCGUGA